UUGGGAUGGAGCUACUCGUAAACAUGCUGACCACGGUUUUGCUACUAUUCGUGUUGCUGACGACGACCUCCUCUGCUGAUACUAAACCGCCUCACAUCAUUUUCAUACUCGCCGACGAUAUGGGCUGGAAUGACGUCAGUUUUCACGGGUCAGAUCAAAUCCCCACGCCAAACAUGGACGCACUGGCUUACCAUGGGAUCAUUCUCAACAGCCACUAUGUCCAGCCACUCUGCACGCCGUCCAGGGCUGCCUUAAUGACGGGAAAGUAUCCCAUACGCACAGGCCAGCAGGGUAUUCCUAUGGACGAGUUCGAGGGUCGCGGCCUGGCCCCUGGCACGCUGCUGCCUGGAUACCUGAAGGAGCUGGGCUACGUGACGAGGGCCGUCGGCAAGUGGCACCUGGGCUUCCACGAGGUGGAGCUCACGCCCACCUACCGCGGGUUCGACUCCUACCUGGGCCACUGGGGCGGUUCCAUCGGCUACUUCGACUUCAUCGCCCAGAGGACGCCCGAAGACAAGGAGCUGAACGGCUACAUCCUGUGGAAGAACCUGACGACGGCGUGGGAGCACGCCGGCCGCUACUCCACGGACGUCUACACGGAGGAGGCGGAGCGGCUCAUCCUGGAGCACGACACGGAGAGGCCGCUCUUCCUGUACCUGGCGCACCAGGCCUGCCACUCGGGGGACCCCGCCGCCCCCGUCACCGCGCCUCAGGAAGCCAUCAACAAGUUCCUCUACAUAUCGGACCCCAACAGGCGCAUAUACGCAGGCGUUGUGUCCAAACUGGAUGAAUCGGUGGGGCGGGUGGUGGCUGCGCUUCAACAGCGGGGAAUGCUGGAGAACUCCAUCAUCGUAUUCACCCCGGACAACGGAGCACCCUCGACUGGCGGAACUGCCAACUGGGGAUCUAACUAUCCCUUCAGAGGCUUGAAAGCGACGCUGUGGGAAGGCGGUGUGCGAUCUCCGGCCCUGGUGUGGAGCCCGCUGCUGCAGAACACGCCCAGAGUGUCCCACCAGCUGAUGCACGUCACCGAUUGGCUGCCCACGUUCUACGCUGCUGCAGGAGGGAAUGUUUCGUCACUCCCUGAAGACCUGGACGGUGUCAACUUGUGGGACGCUCUCGUAACGAAUGGAGAGUCGCCGCGCACAGAGGUGCUGCUCAAUGUAGACGAGAGGGCCGAGAACGGAGGAAUUCGCAUUGGCGACUGGAAGCUCGUAAAAGGAGUCCAGAACAACGCCGCUGGUACCGGCUACCUGGGCGCGAGUGGUGCGGAGAACAACCGCUCCACGCCGGCCUACGGCCCAGAGCAGGUGUUGGCCAGCCCGGCGGGUCAGGCGGUGUCCAGUGUGCUGGGAGGGUCCACCUCUCCUGAGGACAUGCUGCGGCUGCGCGCCCAGGCCACCGUGACCUGUCCGGACCACCCGCAGACGCCGCUCUGUCAGCUUCUCAACGCCACCGACGUCUGCGUCUACAACAUCACCCAGGACCCGUGCGAGGCUGGAGACGUGGAGGUACCCGAGGACGUCGUCAACACGCUGCUGGAGAGACUAGAGGAGUUCUGGCAGCAGGUGGUACCUCAGGAGGAGUCCAACAGCCAACCUGACAUAUCGGACCCUGCGCGCUGGAACUAUACUUGGGUGCCGUGGACCACCUGUAGCGCUGAUAGCUCGCUCUCUUUCUGUAAUGUUGUAGAAUGAAAAGAUGAAAUCCCAAGAUAGACGAUGAAAUCUGAGCACGAUUCAUGGUGCACUUGUUAGUUUCUCCAGUUAUGUUAAA